UAAGGGGCGGGAGCGGCGUCCGUGGCGCAGUUGGGGCCGGCUGAGUGUAGGGUGCGGUGCGCUGUGCCUGCGGGUCCUGUGGCAAACAUGCAGAUCUUUGUGAAGACUCUGACAGGCAAGACCAUCACCUUGGAGGUCGAGCCCAGCGACACCAUUGAGAAUGUCAAGGCCAAGAUCCAGGACAAGGAAGGCAUUCCUCCCGACCAGCAGAGGCUGAUCUUUGCUGGCAAGCAGCUGGAAGAUGGACGCACCCUGUCUGACUACAACAUCCAGAAGGAGUCCACUCUGCAUCUUGUGCUGCGCCUGAGGGGUGGCAUGCAGAUCUUCGUGAAGACCCUGACAGGUAAGACCAUCACCUUGGAGGUUGAGCCCAGCGACACCAUCGAAAAUGUCAAGGCCAAGAUCCAGGACAAAGAGGGCAUUCCCCCGGAUCAGCAGAGGUUGAUCUUUGCUGGCAAGCAGCUGGAAGAUGGGCGCACCCUGUCUGACUACAACAUCCAGAAGGAGUCCACUCUGCACUUGGUGCUGCGCCUCAGGGGCGGCAUGCAGAUUUUUGUGAAGACCCUGACAGGCAAGACCAUCACCUUGGAAGUUGAGCCCAGUGACACCAUUGAGAAUGUCAAAGCCAAGAUCCAGGACAAGGAAGGUAUUCCCCCAGAUCAGCAGAGGCUGAUCUUCGCUGGCAAGCAGCUGGAAGAUGGGCGCACCCUGUCCGACUACAACAUCCAGAAGGAGUCCACUCUUCAUCUCGUGCUGCGCCUGAGGGGUGGCAUGCAGAUCUUUGUCAAGACCCUGACAGGCAAGACCAUCACCUUGGAGGUUGAGCCCAGUGACACCAUUGAGAAUGUCAAGGCCAAGAUCCAGGACAAGGAAGGCAUUCCUCCUGACCAGCAGAGGCUGAUCUUUGCUGGCAAGCAGCUGGAAGACGGACGCACCCUGUCCGACUACAACAUCCAGAAGGAGUCUACCCUGCAUCUCGUGCUGCGCCUCAGGGGUGGUAACUGAACUGGAGAUGUGUUGCUUGCUUCCAAGUAAAAGUUUCUCUGCACAUGUUCAUUCCAAUAAAGUUGUUGCAUCCACAAAA